AUGUUUCGAUCGAAGAAAGUGGACAAAGAGAACGAUUCACCUACAGAUGAUGAUCGGAGACCAGUUUGCCGCAAUGGGAAUGUUUAUAGCAGUACGAGAAAAGAUCGUCGAUCUUCUGUUGCAGUCGGUUUUGAUGAUACCUUUGCAAAGCCUACAGCUCCGUAUCACACAAUAACACAACCAAAGCAAACCAAGGGAACAAGAUCUUGCAUUGGACGGGAUGAAUACGAGAGAUAUGGUCAUUCACGCCUUAUUGGACUGAAGGAGCAUAAUUUUAAAGUCACUUUGAAUGGUUCAAACUUUGGUAAACGUAAAUUUUAUGAGACCAAGAUUGGUAAUGAGUACACCACAAUGAAGAGUACAAAUUACGACGAGGAACUUCUUGAUUCGGAUGACUCGUUUGUUUCUGAAGAUGAUAGGAGAACGAUGCGUUAUCGAAACGAAGUUGUUCGGGACUUAAAAGAGGAAGUUGAAUAUUUGAAGUACAGAUUGCGCCGAGAAGCUGAGAAGAAAUUGUCUUAUAAAGAAAAAUUGAUUUGUGAACAGAGGAACGUACAGAAGAUCUUGAGCCAGCGGCAGCGUAUGGAAUAUGAUAUUAAUAUUUAUAAAAACUUGGUAGCUAAUCUGAGAAAUGAGAGGAAGGCUCAGCAAACAAAGAUCGCUAAACUUGAAGCUCAGUUAAAGACAGUAACUGUCAGAAAUAUGUCUCAUCGCUCAUUUGGUAAUGCCACAUACACUACGCCAACUUCAACAUCAAAUGAAUUGUCAUCUAUUGAGGAAACUGUCAUUGAUAUUGAUGGUGGAGCUGGAGAAAUGUUGUGUUCGGCUUCGGAAUUAACGUUGCCUAUUCAGAAUGCCUUUGAUAACAUUGCAGAUUCAGCAGAUGAAGUAAAGAACUUUAGGAAGGAUGAUACAAAUGCUUCAUUCGAAUUAGCUAGGGCAGAGGCAGAAACUGGUAUAGAAAAAAUUGAUCUUGACUCAACAUUGCUAAAUGAGACAGAAGUGGAACCGCUGACAAAUUCAAACGGGUUUACUUUGAAGUCUAAAGUUAGUGAGAGUCGGCCAUCUCGUCAACGUUCCCUGCAUCGGUCUCUUAGUGACUCAGAAAUUAAAAAAGAACGACGGGCUGUUGUUUUUAAGAUGACAAAUUUGUGA